CUGAAGCCUACUCUUAACAACAUUGGCAAAAUGAACAUCAAGUGCAAACAUUGAAGCACUGACAUGGAAGAAGGAACCGCCAGGCAUCUGCUGCAGUGGCGGAAAAGUUUUGUACAGAGACUAAUGAGCAGACGGACAAGAACCUUGCUGCCUACAACAACUCAACUUCUGAAACCCAAAGUGACUGACGACUGCAAACAACUAGAAGCAGCCAAAAGACGACAAGCGUACUACUAUGACAAGAAAGUCAAGGACAAACAACAAUUGCAGACAAAUGAUACAGUGAGAACACAACCACUGCGAGGCACCGAUGAAUGGGAACAAGGAAUAGUAAGCAAAGUUCUCCCCAAUAGAUCGUACGAAGUGACAACUACACAAGGUCAACGUACAGACGAAACAGAAUACAUCUAUAGCCAUCCAUUAAACAAUUUUGAGAAGAUCAGUGAGUCAGCCAGUGAAGACACCAUCGACCAGGAAGCCAUCAAUUACCAAAGAACCACAACAGCCCAGGAGUCAAGAUCAAACUCAGCAAACAACUUCAGCAAUGAAGAAACAGAUACCAUGCAGCAACGACGACAACUACUAGAAGUGGACGAGUUAGCAUUAAGCCAAAGUACUUGAAAGACUAUGUGUGCAAUUACUAGCUAAUUUAUAGUCUACUUAGAACGGUAAAUCUAGAGUUGCAGCUGAGAGACGUUUCAUUGUUUCAAAUCUG